CACUGGUUUUAGGUUGCCAGACUUCCACACUUUCCUAAAUCUGAUUGCAAAAGCCAAAUAAGCCCGUUCAUGCUUUCUUCAGAUCUAAACUGUGCUGCUCCUUUAAAGCUUGGGAAAAUAAAAUACUCUUAGUUCCUCUAUUCUCCUAAUACCAUUGUGAAGCAGGUGGCUGUUCUGUUCUAAAGAUAAUCUCCUGAAGGCACUGGAGAUGAAUCUGAUGCCAUGAAUCUGGUGAGGAGUUGAGCAUAAAUUGAAAACCUGCAUAGGGCAGGUGUUUGACCAGUAAAUAGAGAGAUUCACAUUUUUAGGGAUCAGUGAUAAUUAGUUAUACAGUGGAAGGUUAUGGAGGCAAAACAUUAGGGGUUUGUGAGGAAACAAUAUGCGUUUACAAUUGCUUUCUGAACUAUUGAGUUUAAAUUGCUCUUUCUGGUUUUCAUUGUUAAUACUUGCAUAGAGGUAAGGUGUGGGUGUUGAUCUUUAUCAGGUUAACAUGAGAGCUACAAGCUCCAUAGCUGAGUUGUAGGAAAGUUGUAAUUCAGGAUUGCUGCAAUAAUAUUACACUCUCAGAUAUUUUUAGUGGCUUCUGCCUCCUGGCUGUAGAGGUAUUACAGACAUUUUAAUAACAGGCUGCAAAGGAGUCCUUGGGAGACAGUUUUGUAGUUCAGCCAAAAAGUUGUUCUUGAUUGCUCCCAAAGCUGUGUGGUGGAGGAGAUGGCUAGUUUAGCUGGUUGAGCUUGUUUUUCACUGCUCAUAUGGGAAGCAUUUGAAACAACAUGAGGAAUACUUGGCUGUAGCAGCCUCUAGUAACCUCAGGCUCACUCAAUUUCUCUUUCUUAGCUUUGAGGAGGCACAGGAUAGUUCCUCAGUGGCUCUCCUUGCUAGCUUUGCCUUUUCUUGCUGCCCCUGCCAUACCUCCCUUUGGAGCCAGUCCCUUUGGCUCUCACUAUCCCGGUGGUCUUUACACAGUAGUUUAUCUGAGCUACUGAGUGGGCUGCUUUACAUUUAAGUCUCUUGAGCAAUCACUUCCUUGCAAUUUCCAAAAGUUAGGGUUCGGGGUUUUUUUAAAUGAAGUUAUGUUUCAGGCAGCGGAGAGCAUUUCAGCAGGUCUUACUUUGCAUAUAGUGUGGGACGCUGAUCAAGGUGUGUCGGGAGCAGAUAUUGGGAGAUGCGCUGCACAUGAUGAUUUAGAACACCAUGCUGGUCACUGCCUAUGUUGCUUUUGCUUUCCUCCUGCUGAUAUGCAUUGGCUUGGAGUUCUCUGCCUGCCGUUCCAAGAUCACCGGCAGGUCUUGCUCCAACCCAGCCUUCCUGCGGUUCCAGCUAGACUAUUACCAGGUUUACUUCUUGGCCCUUGCUGCUGAUUGGCUGCAGGGACCUUAUCUCUAUAAACUGUACCAGCACUACCACUUCUUGGAGGCUCAGAUCACCAUCAUCUACGUCUGCGGCUUUGCCUCCAGCGUGCUGUUUGGGCUGGUCUCCAGCUCCUUGGUUGACCGCCUGGGCCGUAAGAAAUCCUGCAUCCUCUUCUCCUUGACUUAUUCCAUCUGCUGCCUCACAAAGCUCUCCUGGGAUUAUUUUGUGCUCAUUGUGGGAAGGAUAUUAGGGGGGCUGUCCACUGCCCUGCUCUUCUCUGCCUUUGAGGCGUGGUACGUCCACGAGCACGUGGAACGCCACGACUUCCCUGCCGAGUGGAUCCCCGCUACCUUCUCCAAGGCUGCUUUUUGGAAUGGCAUCAUUGCUAUCGGAGCUGGCGUGGUAGCCAACGUCUUUGCUGAAUGGCUGGGGCUGGGCCCGGUGGCCCCUUUCAUGGUCUCCAUCCCCUUUCUCAUGCUGGUGGGUGUCCUGGCGAUGAAGAACUGGGAUGAAAAUUACGGCAAGAAGAGGGCUCUCUCCAGGACUUGCACUGAUGCCUUGAAGUGCCUUCUCUCAGACCGCCGGGUCUUGCUUUUGGGUACCAUCCAGGCUUUGUUUGAGAGUGUCAUCUACAUCUUCAUCUUCCUUUGGACUCCCGUCCUGGAUCCCCACAACCCACCCCUGGGCAUAGUCUUCUCUAGUUUCAUGGCGGCCAGCAUGGCAGGCUCAUCGCUCUACCGCGUCGCAACCUCCAAGAAAUACCACCUGCAGCCCAUGCACAUCCUUUCCCUCUCGGUCCUGAUGGUCUUCUUCUCCCUCUUCAUGCUGACUUUCUCUACCAACCCUGGGCAGGAGAACCCUUCCGAGUCCUUCUUGGCCUUCCUGCUCAUUGAGCUGUCUUGCGGGCUCUACUUCCCUUCUAUGGGUUUUCUGCGGCAGAAGGUGAUCCCCGAGAAGGACCAGGCAGGUGUCAUGCACUGGUUCCGCGUCCCGCUCAACCUGCUGGCCUGCCUUGGCCUGCUGAUCCUCCACGACAGCGACUACAAGACAGGCACCAGGAACAUGUUCACCAUCUGCUCUGUCAUGAUGGUGAUGGCCCUUCUGGCCGUCGUGAGCCUCUUCACGGUGGUCCGUAACAACGCAGAGCUCAGGUUGCCCAGUCCGCCUGGUCAAAGCGAGGUUUCUUCUCCUGAGCUCUGAUAUGUGAUGCUUUGUCUUGGGGGAAGUUGCUCUGGAGUUGGCCAGUCGUCUGUUGCACAUCACAGUGCUGGUACUGUAUAUAGGUAAGGACUUUGCAGAGAGAACACAAGAGUCUCUUCUGAGUCUUGUGUGCCCUUUUUCUGUACAUGGGAGAAUCUUUUCUAUGCCUUUUUCAAUAAGGAUUGAUCCCUAUCGGACUUGAUCUGUGGCAAGCAUAGCUUUCUUUUCUGCACUGUGGAGUUUUUGAUUCCUGAGGCUUCUGCUACCAAAAUUUGUGUGUGAGGGUGUGGGGAGUGCUUCCUACCACUUCAUCCUGGAUAGAUUGUGGAAAGUAAUGGGUGAAAAGGACACAGCCCUCUAUUAUUGUUAUUUUUAAGUGAGCAGUGAGGUUGAUAGACUGACCAUCCAUUAUCAGUAUUGAACUUGUUCACAAUGUCAGCCAAAUUCCAUGUUGUCAACCCUCUGCUUUUGGAAAAGAAUAAAAUACAUAAAGCUUC